AAAUGGAACUGAAAGGAGGCCAUAUACUAACUAGCGAGCCAGAGUGAGAUUGAUUUCCACAUUGCGAGUGCUACCUGGACCACGAUGUUGCUCCUGGGUUUCAUGCUUUAAGAACCUUUAUAGUGACUGAAGUUUCAAGGAAGCCAUGGCCUUCUUUACUCCAUGGAAACUAUCCUCUCAGAAACUUGGCUUUUUUUUGGUGACUUUUGGCUUCAUUUGGGGAAUGAUGCUUCUGCAUUUUACUAUUCAACAGCGAACUCAACAUGAAAGCAGUUUAGUGCUUCGUGAACAAAUACUGGAUCUCAGCAAAAGAUAUAUCAAAGCACUGGCAGAGGAAAACAGAAAUGUAGUAGAUGGACCUUAUGUUGGGACCAUGACAGCUUAUGAUUUGAAGAAAACUCUUGCAGUCCUACUCGAUAAUAUCUUGCAACGUAUUGGAAAGCUAGAAUCCAGGGUAGAGAUUCUUGUACUUAAUGGCACGGGAGCAAACUCAACCAACAGUACUACCACCGCUGCUCCCAGUUUAGGAGCAGUUGAGAAACUCAAUGUAGCAGAUCUUAUUAAUGGAGCCCAAGAACAGUGUGAAUUGCCUCCUAUGGAUGGUUUUCCUCACUGUGAAGGCAAAAUAAAGUGGAUGAAAGAUAUGUGGCGAUCGGAUGCAUGCUAUGCAAGUUACGGUGUGGAUGGGUCCACGUGCUCCUUUUUUAUUUACCUCAGUGAGGUUGAAAACUGGUGUCCUCGUUUACCUUGGAGAGCAAAAAAUCCUAAUGAAGAAACUGACCAAAACUCAAUGGCUGAAAUUCGUACCAAUUUUGAUCGACUCUACAAAAUGAUGUCAAGGCAUGAAGAAUUCCGAUGGAUGACGCUACGCAUCAGACGAAUGGCUAAUGCUUGGAUUGAAGCAAUUAAGUCACUUGCAGAAAAGCAAAACCUGGAAAAAAGAAAACGUAAAAAGAUCCUGGUUCAUUUAGGACUUUUGACAAAAGAAUCUGGAUUCAAGAUUGCAGAGAAUGCAUUUAGUGGUGGCCCACUUGGUGAAUUAGUCCAGUGGAGUGAUUUAAUUACAUCUCUCUACUUACUGGGCCAUGACAUUAGGAUUUCAGCUUCACUGGCAGAGCUCAAGGAGAUUAUGAAGAAGGUUGUAGGCAAUAGAUCUGGCUGCCCUACUCAGGGAGACAAAGUGGUAGAACUCAUUUACAUUGAUAUCGUGGGACUCACUCAAUUUAAGAAAACCCUUGGUCCUUCAUGGGUACAUUACCAGUGUAUGCUACGAGUCUUGGAUUCAUUUGGGACUGAACCAGAGUUUAAUCAUGCUCAUUAUGCCCAGUCUAAAGGCCACAAGACACCAUGGGGUAAAUGGAACCUCAAUCCGCAGCAGUUUUAUACAAUGUUCCCUCACACCCCAGAUAAUAGUUUCCUUGGGUUUGUGGUGGAACAACAUCUGAAUUCCAGCGACAUUAAACAUAUUAAUGACAUCAAAAGGCAGAAUCAGUCUCUUGUUUAUGGAAAGGUCGAUAACUUCUGGAAGGACAAGAAAGCUUAUUUGGACAUCAUUCACACCUACAUGGAAGUCCAUGGAACUGUGCACGGAAUGAGCACUGUUCAUAUGCCAAGCUAUGUGAAAAAUCAUGGCAUCCUUAGUGGACGGGAUUUGCAGUUUCUGCUGAGAGAAACUAAAUUAUUUGUCGGCCUUGGAUUUCCAUACGAAGGGCCUGCUCCUCUAGAGGCUAUUGCUAAUGGAUGUGCUUUUCUGAAUCUAAAAUUUAACCCACCAAAAAGCAGCAAAAACACAGAAUUUUUCAAAGGCAAGCCAACCCUUCGAGAGUUGACCUCUCAGCAUCCCUAUGCUGAAGUUUACAUUGGGAAACCACACGUCUGGACUGUGGACAUCAGUGAUCUGUUUGAGGUGGAGAAGGCAGUUAAAGCAAUUCUGAAUCAAAAGAUCGAACCGUAUUUGCCCUAUGAAUUUACAUGUGAGGGGAUGCUACAGAGGAUGAAUGCGUUCAUUGAGAAACAGGAUUUCUGUCACGGACAGGUAAUGUGGCCUCCACUAAGUGCACUUCAGGUAAAAAUUGCUGAAUCUGGGAAAUCAUGCAAACAAGUUUGUCAAGAAAACCAGCUUAUCUGUGAGCCGUCCUUCUUCCAGCACCUUAACAAGGACAAGGCGCUGCUAAAGUAUAACAUUGAAUGUCAUACUGUUGAAUCAGCAAAUGAUAUCGUUGUCCCCUCUUUUGAUGAAAGAAGGAAGCACUGCAUUUUUCAAGGAGAUCUUUUGCUGUUCAGCUGUGCAGGGUCCCAUCCAAACCACAAAAGAAUCUGUCCUUGCAGGGACUACAUAAAGGGACAGGUUGCACUUUGUAAAGACUGCCUAUAGCAGCAGCACACCUUGUUUUUCCUUGGGGACAAGCAAGUGGUUUUUGAGAGAACUACUUAUACUUCCUGCACUUUUGUCCAGUUGUCUAGCAGUAGGCAGAGCUCCUGCUGCAGCACAGAGGUAUCUGCAAGGAGAGAGGGGUCAUGAUGAACAGCAAACUGGGGUUUGUUUUUUUUCUAAGCGAACAUUUUCAAAAUCCUUUCAUCUACUCAACAGGAAGAGAAAGGAAGUUCUUUGCUUUGUAAUGAUUUGAAGAUGAUUGCAAAGAACAGUUUGUAGGAAAUCCUAGGCCCCAUCAAACAUUGUUUUUGAGUGAAAUGAGUAUUUUUUUUAAACAAGUUAGAACAUCCCCUCAUCAUUUGCUAAGAACCCAAACAUCAUUCCAGUAGAAAGUUGAAAAAAGUAUGGGGGGGGGGGGAUAGGACUUAAUUUAUUAAACGUGCACUGUUUUGGGUGCUCCUUCAGCUACAAUGCCUACAAAAUGGUGCAUUUCUCAAGAACUUGGAACCACAAGGAAACCCAAGUAACAAGAGAGAUAACUGUCUGCUCCCAGUUCUUUUUUAAUCUUUGCAUACUACAGGAUAUUGUCUGCAUCACAGCUACAGUACUAGAGCAGUCUAAACAGAGAGCACCAUGAAGAGGAGGAUUGGUGGCUGCCAGUUUGUGGCGCAUCCUGGUAACUGGAUAACUGACUUUGGUUGUGGUGUUCUUUGGUGCUGAACAGCCACUGACAUAUACUGCCAUUUAAAAAUGAACCCAUUGUCACAGUUUACUGGUCCCAUUUAGAGAACGAUCCUUGAAAUUUGUUCGUGCUUCUGUUGUAGUCUGCCUAUUAGAAAUACUGUGUGAAGCAAAAAGUAUUCAGCAUCAUUUGAGCAAUAUUAUUGUUAGACCCUCAGUUUGCUAUACCUUAAAAUAGUUAAAACGUUACUGAAAGACAUAGAACGGUCAACUAAACUAACUAUAAUUAUUGUAUGAUAGAAAUGUAAAAUGUCUUCAUAACUAGUUAGGUUUUUAAAGAGAGAGAUGUUUGAACAGCAAUUGAGAGAAAGAGAAAUGACUGCUAAGAAAAAAGAUUGAUCUCUUUUCUUGAUUCUUUGUAAUUUUUUAAUAGGCAGGCCAGUGAUAUAUUUACAAGCUGCAUUUCAUUAUCAAAAGUUUGGAUCCAAAUUCAAACUUUGCUUGUUUAGAGCAGUGAGCUAAAUCUUUUAAAAAAAUAAAAUACCUUUUUUUUAAGAUUAAACUUUUUGCAGCACAAGCUGACGUGUUUGAAAGCACUCUCCAUGGCUGGGAAAAGAGACAUUAAAUUAGUGGGAAAUGAAUGCUGAGUCAGUCUGCAGUGAGCAAGUAGGAUUUGAAAACAAUCAUAGUUUGUAGGUUUAAAACUUGGAUAUACUCUGGCCAUAAUUGAAAACCUCAGUUUGAUGUCUUAAUGCUUUUUUGUGAAGAUUUAUCAAGCGUUGCCCAGUACUUCCACUAAUGAAAACAUAGGCACUUUAAAUUUUCUUUCCUAGACUAUAUCAGGUUCACUCAUUCUUUUGUAUUUGGCAUUCAUUAUCUGUGUAUGAGUAUUGAUGUGUCUCUUGACCUACCAAAGAUCCAAAAAGGGAAAUGCUAUUGAAACUGUCAGACAAAUUAUCAUGACAAACCUACAGAGAAUUAAAAAUGCAGUUUCCCAUUUAAAUGUAAUCAUCUAUUUAUUCCAAGUGCUUUUAUGUUUCAUAAUUCAACACUCCUAAUGCUAUUAUAUCAUUAUACAGAUAGUGUGGAUUAGACAGAAAUUGGACCCUAAAUUAGUUUUCAGUACCCACAAAAGCAAUAUGGAAGGUGUAUGCACAGAAGGGUGCAUGAGUGACUGCUUUGGGAUCAUUCCUUGUUGUGAACAUCCUUUAGUUCAUUUACCAGCAGGCCCAUUCUUUUCCAGAAAGAAAAAACUAAUAGACUUAUCCAGAAUCCUUCUUGCUGGCACUCCCUCAGCAUGAGCACCACUUGCGAUGGCUGUCUUAGGACUGGAAUCUGAAAAGCUUCCAAAAAUUCAUUUUAGUUGUUUAAAAAGUUCCCCAUGUGAAAGGUAGCAACAGGAGUUGUCUUUCCUGAUGCUUCCUCAGGCUUUUCAGUUACAAUGUAGUAAGUUAGAAUGGGAUGUGACCCUGGUACUUUGACAGCAAAGGUGGUGGGCGACGCAUGUGUAUGUAUUAAUGCAAAACGAUCUUGUUUACUGUUAUGUAACAAUUAGAAACCAUUUGCUGUAAAUAAACAUUCCCUUGGGUUCUGCCAGUUUAAGAAACAUAGGGCAGAUUGUCACUUAUUUUGCCUAAAAUUUAAGGACACCUAAUUUUUUUUUUACUAGUCUGUUGCAAUUUCCACUGCACUAUAUUGUCCAAUAAUGUAGCUUUAUGGAUUCAGUCUCUACCACAGCAGAAGAGUCUAUGAUCUCUGUACUUUCAUGCAGUCCAUCUUUGUAUUUCUGCUGAUUUGAGUUAUUGGAUAUUGGUAAAUGAAAAAGCCAAACCAAAACCUGUCCAUCCAGUAACAGGAAUCGGUAUGAAUUGAAAAAGAUGAAUAAUCACUGGGACCAGAUCGUAGUUCUACUGAUAUCACUGAGAGUUUUGUUAUUAACUUCCCUUUAUCUUUCAAGAGCUUUACUUUAUUAUUAUUAUUAUUAUUAUUAUUAUUAUUAUUACUCCUAAGACGUGCAAGUGAUGAGCUUUCUGGUCAGGAGUAAGUCCUCUUACAGUGUGCAGCUUCUGUUUAAUCCCAUAGAUUUUCUCGUAUGGAAAAUUAUGGUAAACAUGUCCUUUCCUUCUACCAAUAGAUAACCUUUGUGAUAAAGUUGUGCUUUGCUCUAUCGGCAUUUUGGAAACCAUUGUUUCCACAACAUUUAAGUCAAUACUGAUGCAGGAAAUAAGAUACUUUUUUUCAGUGUGUCGUUUGUCUUUAAAUGUAUAAGCAAAUAGGUUCUAGUAUAAAAUAAUAUAAUUCCUCAAGUAGCCAGGCAAACCAGUAAGGGAUUAUUUUACAAAUUUAUAAAGAGUUUUUACUAAAUUAAAACAAAUUUGUAUCACAACUUAAAUGGGUAACUCUACUGCCUAAACCCCAUAAACCAAACAGACUUUCUGGGCUUAUAUAAUAUAGAAUAAUUGUAUAAUCCAAACAUUGCACUUGCAUGAGGACUUUUGGAUUAUCUGUUGUUAUUACACAGAUGAAACUGCAUUAAUCUAUGGGUUUCACCUUCUGACUACACUUUGCAGCUUCCUUAUUCAGAAUUCAGGUUUUGCAACACUUGGUUUGAAUAUAAUGAGUGAUAAUUGAUGGAAAUCAGAGGUAUCAACACUUAAGUAUAUAAACAUAAACAUAUCUGCCAUAAAUCAAAAACAUCUUGGGAUUUAAAAUCCUGUAUUUUUAUACGUAACCUGAUGUUUCAAAAAUCUUGUUCCUACAAGAUUAGAAAACUUAAGAAAACCAUUUACGUAAUUUAUUAAAAUUAACAUAAAAGGCUUGCCUUCGAAAGGUAAAGUUGGUAAAUACACACUGUUUAAAAAUGCCAAUAAAAACCUCAUUUUUUCAUAUAUGCAAGUUGAUUUGCACAUGUAUAAAUAGAUACGCUUUUUUGCUUUCA